AUGAGGCAAAAUGUUAUUAUGUUAGUUUUUUACUGCUUCAUUCUUUUACCGCCACCAACCACACGUGCACGCUCUCAUCUGACCGCUCCUGAACCAGUUUACAGACCUGGUGGACAUUAUAUCAGCACCUCUACGCCACGGCCGCCGAAGAAAGCGCUCGAAAACGAGUUGGGAGCAAAUCCGAUAGACGGGGCAGGUCUGAAAGAGGAGAUUGAAAUACAUAGUGGCGUCGAACCAGAAUUUGAAACGGAAGCAAUGACGAAAGCCGAAACAGAAAUGGAGUUGGAACCAAAACCUGUAGGCGAAGAAAUAUCGAAAGAGGAGAAUGAGAUCAAUAGGACAAUCGAAUCAGAAUUUGAGACAGAAACAAUGACGAAAUUAGCGACAAUGCUGGAGUUAGUGACGAAGCAAACAAAACAAACUGAAUUAGAACUGACGGUGACGAAGUCAAAUUUAGAAUCACAACAAACAACUGCACCUCAAACUGAAGUUCAGUCAUCGUCUAGUGUUACCCAACAGCCACACACAACGAAGCCAGUACCACCUUUAAGGGAAGACAUCACGAAUAACAAAGUAUCGAAACUACCACGCCCACCACGUACUCCACGUCCGCCACCUCCUUCAUCAGAAACACAAUUUUACGCCACGAGCACAACAAAGGCCACAACUCCCAAAGUAUUAAAAUUACCUACACCACCACGUAUACCGCUUCCGCCACCUGCACCAAAGCAACUGUUCUACCGCACGAGCACAACCUACCUUCUGCUUCUUUUUGCACAGAAACAAAUAGAAUUUACUGAAGUCUCCGAUCGUGAUGUAAACCUAUACCAAUGGAGGGAAUACACUUGA